AUGACCGACCGCAAAACGCUGGUGCACUCGCACCUGCACUGGCGCAAUGUCAAGCGCAAGCACUGGCAGAAAGAUCUCGUGGCCAAGGUCGUCGAGCUCAUCAAGGUGGGCGACCACGACGCGCUGGCCCUUGUUGCCCGAACCGCCGGGAUCCCGCCGCAGCUCCGCAAGCACGUGUGGCCCGUCCUGCUCAAGUUCCACCCCAUGGUCGUGUCGCCCAACAUCAUGUCCAACACGCUGGUGUGGGACUCGCAGCACCAGAAGUGGCACUACCACCCGGAAAUCAGGUCCGAGGACGAGAUCCGCGACCAGAUGGCCCACGACCUGGGCAAGUACUUCCACAAGCGCACGUCCGCCGGCAAAAGGGCGCAGUCCGCCGCGAGCGGCCCCGGCGCCGCUCCCGGUGGCGACCUCUCGCCUCUACCUCCCGGCCAGCAGCGCGUGGUGGCGGCGCUGCAGCAGUGCAUUCUCAAGUUUCUCCAGAAGUGGGCCCAGUUUUUCAAGUACGAGAGCGGCCUGGCGUGGAUAGCGCUGGCGCUGGCCGAGUGGUGCCCGCUGGACGGUGGCGAAGACGUGCUCCCCGGAAAACGCCACGGCGCGCCCGUCAACCUGUACCACGAGUACUUUCUGCCCGAGGAGAUCCGCGACCAGCUGCCGAGCGAGUCCGAGUUCGCGUUCGACGAGCUCUUCGAGAGGCUCGUCCUGGUGAUCCUGCACUCUCCCGACAUCCCCAAGGCCGAGCGUCUGGCGAGGGCCGAGUCGGAGAUGACCUCCGUGCUGCAGUACUACCCCGUCAUAUCGGGCGGCGAUCUGUCCUUCCAGUGCCAGCUGUUCUUCAAGGUCUUCUCUGUCAUCUUGCCCGAGCUCUACCAGCCAGUCAGCGACGAGGAGACGCUGAGACCCUCCAAAAAAACAAACUGGAUGUACUGGUGGUUCAAAUGCUCUGGCGCUCGCGUGUUCCACAAGCAAGACAGGGCUAGAAUAUGGGACACGCUGCUGGGAUGGAGGCCACACCCCCGGUCCCUCAAUUUCUAUCUGAAUUACAACUCAAAGCUAUUUGACCACCUCUACUCUACAAGGACGUCUUCAGCCCUCGACUCCGAGUUUUUCCACAAAAUAUGCAAGUACGGGCACGACGCGUUUUGGUUCCCGGACCUCGACUCUUUGAGCCUGGGGUCCCAGGACCUAAAAUGCGAUUUCCAGGUGCUCUCGGAGCUGGUGCGUCGCAACAAGUACGACAACUCAGACGAUGAGCUCGAGAUAACUCCCAAGAAUAACGGGACAGUGGGCAGCAAGAUAAAGAAGGGCGUGGAAAUCCCCUUUUCGCUCCUCGACCCCCACGUCCAGCUGAUCUUUAUUUACAUGGCCAUUUUGCAGCAGCACGAGUUCAAGCUUCUGGAGUUCGAGGAGGCUGAAAUUUCAGAGUUCUUCAACAACGUGCCAUCAUUGUCUCGCGCUGACGACCAUAACUACCGAAGUCUUUACGAAGAAGAGAUUGAGUCGCGGUCCGUGAGUUCAAGUGAGACCGAGCCAGAGGAUCUAUUCAAAAGGCCAGGAUCCUCUGCCUCUACGCCGCACAUGCUAAUUGAAGUUGGAGACGACGACAAGGCCUCCAAAUCCUUCGACGACCUAUACAACCUGGCUGGUGAUAUAUGGAGGAAGUGGAUUUGGAGAGAGCUGGAAGACAACGCAGGCACCUGA